UAAGGAGGUCUUGGAUUGGUUGAUAACUAUUUGCAAACUUAAACACUUCCAAACAUUUUUAUAUUCUCAUAGAUGUAAUGUAUUUGUUUUUUUUUCCAAGCACUACACUUGGAUUUACUCAUUCAACUCUUGUGGUCUCCUCAGGUUCAUUCUCCUGCCUUCACUCAGGUUACACUCCUGAGAAACCAUUUUUGGCCUUUUCAGUUUUUAAUUGUUUUGUGUAUUCUCUGCACUAGUCAGUGAUGUGCACCUCUCUUUCUUCUUUUUAAAAUCUAGUUUUAGAAGUCUGGUUUAUUGGUGUGUAAAUUGCAGUCACUGAAAUUCACUUGGUUUAGGUAAGUGGACAGUUUGAUGAGUCUUGGGACACUUGUUCGGUAGGGUAACCACAACCACAGUGAAGAUAAAGAAUAUCAUUGUCACCCCCAAAGAGUCCUUUCCCCAGCCCUCACCUAUGUCUUGAUUUAUAAAGUUUAAGCAACAUCUGUAAAUUCUUUGCUUUUAAAGAUGUUUCAGGAUUUUAAGAGAAUUUAGCCUAUUCCUAUUUCCUUCUCAAGGGUGGACCAAAUAGUUGGUGUGUUGGGUAGUGGUCGGGCCAGGACAAAGGGGAGGAAGACAGAGCUGGUUUGAAGACCCCUACUCCUAGCAGGAGACUGCGCAGUAGCAAAUACAUCCGCUUCUGUGCAGGCGCCCUUAGGAGACUGCCAACGCAGCCCCCAGUGGAAGGGCCUCAUUGAGUAGGUGCUCUGAGGUAGGGCAGGGAGUGUGUGUGUGGGUCCCCUGCUCCUCCAGGAACCUGCGGGAGGGGCACAGAUCAGAGGCUGUAACUGAAGAGUUGCCCUACUGUGCGCCAGGCAGAGGGGACUGUGAGCUAGGAGAAACUCAUUUAUUCUGCACUUGCUAUGUGUCACUUCACUUACAUAUGUUAUCUUUUUUAUUCAAUCUGUUUCUAAAAUUUCAAAACAAAUGUGCAGAAAAGUUAUGAGUAUAAUGUAAGAAAACUUACUUUGUUUCCCGAAACAUUUGAAAAUAAGUUGUCAUCCUGAGCUGCGUCAUUCCCCAAUACUUGGUGUAUAAGAGGCGGCCUGGUCCACAGUACAGCCAUCAGGUACAUGCCUGCUGUCCCAUUCAGGUUUUCCACAUGUCCCAGCGGAGUCCUCUGUAGCAAAAGGGUCCUUUCAGCACCCCACGUUGCACAUACUUGUCAAAGUCUCCAGUCUAGAAGAAUCCUCAGGCUCUCCUUGACUUCUCCAGUUGACAUUUCUGAAUCUGGUCAGGUGGAAUGGCCUUUGUAGGACAUUUUCUCCCAUUUUUUAGCGGGAACGUCACACAAAGGACGCUGUGUUCUCAUUGCAUUUGGCACCCUGGUCAACUUGGGGAUGUUCACUCAGCACUCAGGCGGUUCCCUGGGAUUUCUCUGUUCCUGGAUCCUCAUUGUUCAGCAGUGACCCAGCCCCGGCCCAGGAGGUCAUCUCGCGCCACCUGGUGGCCACUGCCAUCUUCUCCCCGGGCCACCGGCGAGUCUCCAGGCAGAUGUCCAGGGUCCUGCAGAAGGAUGCAGAGCAGGAGUCACAGAUGAGAGCAGAGAUCCAGGAUAUGAAGCAAGAGCUCUCCACUGUCAACAUGAUGGACGAGUUCGCCCGGUAUGCCAGGCUGGAGAGAAAGAUCAACAAGAUGACGGAUAAGCUCAAAACGCAUGUGAAGGCACGGACAGCUCAGUUGGCCAAGAUAAAAUGGGUUAUGAGUGUGGCUUUCUACAUAUUGCAAGCUGCCCUGAUGGUCUCACUGAUUUGGAAAUACUACUCCGUCCCUGUGGCUGUGGUGCCGAGUAAAUGGAUAACUCCACUAGACCGCCUGGUAGCAUUCCCUACUAGAGUAGCAGGUGGUAUUGGAAUUACCUGUUGGAUUUUGGUCUGCAACAAAGUUGUGGCUAUAGUGCUUCACCCUUUCAGCUGAAAAAGAAGAUGGAGACAGCCAUGACAUUUUUACUUGGUUAAAAGUCCUAUUUACACUCGUUCAUUGGUGUUUUUUUUUAAGAAAUGAAAGUCCACAGGUUAGUUUUUUUGUUGAAUGUAUUUGUUCUUGGGCUUUAUAUGAGAAUCUUGUAAGAAUCAUGAUUUUGUACACUUCUCAUUGAGCCAGAAAGAUGAGUCUGUCACAUGUACAUAUUGGCCAGCAUGAUACCAGAUUUAUAAUAAGAAAUGUGUGAUAUUAUGAACAUCUAUGUGUUGUUACCCUUGAUUUACACUUUUGCCAUAUAUUAAAGGUUACAAUGCCAAUGGGAAAGUCAAAAUUUCCUAUUAAGUUAAUUGCUUUAAAGACUUUACUGUUUUUAAUCCAGAUUAGAAAGCAAUUUUAUUUUACUACCAAUACUAGAAUUUGAAAAUUUGUUUUUUAAUCUCAUGUAGCACUUCUAAAAGAGUUACACUAAUUGCCAUUGCUUGUGCUUUUUCUUCCUCUGUCUCAGUGUCAUUUUGGGGGGAAGCCUUUGUAUAGUGCUAUCUACUUAUUUGAAGCUGUUAAUUUUUCAUUACUGUGUUUUAGAAAUGUGUUCAUGAGGCCAUAAUGUAUUGUUUGUGCUUGAAUUGUGUGUGUUGUAUUUAAAGCAUUUCAAGUGAAGUGUAUUUUAUAAGCAUUUAAUAUUUAUGCUGUGUAGAAUGGAACAAGGUUAAAAAUCAAUCUAAGAAGCCUGAUUAAAUUAAUUUGAAUGGAUGCAUGUUUGGCUCAUAAAGUAUAAUUUUGCUAAAAUUUUUAAAGCACUUAAAAAAAUUGUUGUGUUGCUCUUUUGUUUUUAAUUGAGGGUAAUUGACAUAUAACAUUAGUUUCAGGUGUACAAAAUAAUGAUAUUUGUAUACCCUGAGAAAUCAUCACAGUAAGUCUAGUUUCCCUCUAUAAAACACUUUAUAAUUAAAAUGCUUGCAAGGACAUGUGUAACUUUUUUUCGUACAGCUACUUACUUGCUGUGAUCAGCCUGUAACUGCAAAAAGUGGCAGAGGGAUUUUACUUUAAAUUAACUCA